AUGGAAGCAUUAUAUGAUGAAGAACAGUGCGAAAAGUUUGUUUGGGAGAGAAAUAAAGUGUUUCAAUUAAUUGAAUUGGUAGAGGCUCGUCCAGAAUUGUGGAAUAUCAGGUUGAAGGAGUAUAGGAAUCGAAACCUUAAACAUCAGUCCUUGGAAACGAUAGCAACGUCUUUAAAUUUGGAUGUUAAAACAGUAAAAGACAAAAUUCAUAAUUUGAGAUGCCAGUUAAAUGAGCAUCUGAGAAAAAUGAAAAAGUUCAAAAGUGGUCAGGGCGCAGAUGAAAGGUAUAAACCGAAGUGGGAGUUUUUUGAGGCUGUCAAGUUUAUGAAUAUCCAGAUAAAUUCAACAGAGGAUUCAAUUGCCAGUGUUGGCAGUGCCCCUGAUGUUAUUAUUACAGAUGUGCUGGAUACAUUUGACAUUCAUAUAACAAAAAUCUAA